CAACUUACACCUGCCACUGCGGCGGCUCACAUCCCCGCACCGACCAUCACUCCCACUGCCCGACUCGUGGAUCGUUGUGAUAGCCCUCCAUGUACCUAUGGUGGACAAGCGACCACACUCUCCGCAGCGACAGUUACCACGACCAUCCUCUCGACGACGUCUGUCCCAUGUUACAUCACCACUUACAUAACCAACUCGGAGACCGUCACAUCGACUGUUUACUCGACCGAUACCAUCACUUCCACCGUGACUGAGCAAGGGACUGUCACUGUUAUCAAGUACUCUCCAACGCCUGUAUUAAUGAGCAGUGUGUAUGAAAGCACCAUUGCGUUCACUCAAACCAUCACGACGUAUUGGCAGACAACGACCGGAUCAGAAUACGA